AUGUCGGUCGAGGGUGAGUUCUUCCUCUCGAUCAACGGAUCCAUCGAGCACGCCGAGUUUUACGAUGCCGACAACGUCUACUGCAAAUACGGAUAUCACUUCGGCCCCGAAUGGAGCGUAGUUGCCGGUAUCGAGGAGGGUCUGACACAGAUGUGCAAGUGCAGCAGCGACCCGAGAAAUCUGGCAGUCUGGAAUUUCCCGCUGGAAGUCACGUUCAAAAGUACCAAUCCACAUGGAUGGCCCCAGUUAAUAAUGUCUGUUUACGGCUUGGACAUCUUCGGCCACGACGUCAUCAGAGGAUAUGGAGUGUGCCAUUUACCGCUGAAAACAGGUCAACACGAGAAAAGGGUAUCAGUGUACGUGCCGGAGUCCUCCUCAGUGUUGCAGCGAUUUGCGAGCUGGUUAACCGGAAGGAGACCGGAACUGAUUGAUCCGACGAUAUUGGCUACCGGUGGCGGAAGGGAACUCACGCGCAUGAGGGUGGAGGGUAUUGUUACCGUAACGUUCAACGCCGUGCUGAAAGAUUUCUUCAAGUUGGGCUACAACAAUGGCGAACAACGGAACAAGUAA